AUGGCAUCCUCUCUUUCGUCAGUACCCCAAUACAUGGGCAGAGCGACUCGUCUGGCUUCCACCUCCUCUUUCUCUCUCAGACGCCAACUCAUUUCUCAACCACUCUUGCGCUCCCGAUCGACAAUAGCCACGCCUAGACAAAAUCAUUCCAAUGGCUUCCUCACCUCAAGACCUUUUUCGACAACCUUCGAACGACCUGCAAACAAGUCGAUGGCACAGCUGAAAUCCCGUUCGCGAACUGGCCCGUUCUCGUGGAAAGCGGCUCUAUUAUUCAUCAUCACGGGCGCAGGAAUGAUUAUUUAUUUCCGGGUCGAAAAGGCUCGGUUGGAGAGGAAAAGAAUUACAGAAAUGAGCAAAGGGGUUGGGAAACCUAAAGUCGGAGGUCCGUUUGUCUUGAAAGACUUGGAUGGCAAGGAAUUUACUGCGGAGGAUUUAAAGGGGAAAUAUAGCUUUGUUUACUUUGGUUUCACGCACUGCCCGGAUAUCUGCCCCGAUGAGCUCGAUAAGAUGGCCGCCAUCAUCGACAAAGUCAAAGAAGCUUCCAAUGGCGCCGAAGUCAUGCGCCCCGUUUUCAUAACCUGCGACCCAUUCAGAGACACACCUGAAGUGUUGCGCAAAUACCUAGCCGAAUUCCAUCCCGAAAUUAUCGGUUUGACUGGCACCUACCAGCAGGUGAAACAAGUCUGCAAAGCGUACCGAGUGUACUUCAGCACGCCAGAGAACGUGAAAGCAGGAGAAGACUAUUUGGUUGACCACAGCAUCUAUUUCUAUCUGAUGGACCCGGAAGGAGAUUUCAUUGAAUGCGUUGGCAGACAGGAUACGCCGGAGAGUGCGACGAGGUUGAUUAUGGAGCAUGUGAAUGAUUGGAAGAGGGAAGGAAAACCGUUGGAUACGACUCGGUAG